AGUCGUCAUCAACUCAACUCCAUGGAAACGGCGUGCAGGUCUAUGAUGUUCUGGGGAGGAAGGUGAUAAAUAAUAUACCAAUAUCAGUGUGCGAGUAAGAGAGGUCUUCAUUAUUCUGUGAUGCUUUUGCAUUGGUGCUCUGGUCAAAACAGCAAGAAUCAUGAGUCGCACUCCUGAUGCAAGGGCCAGGGAUAAUCAGACAAGGCAGAUUCAGGAGAGUAUCACAAAUGUUGAGAAGCACUUUGGGGAGCUGUGCCAGCUGUUUGCUGCCUAUGUACGCAAGACUGCUCGAUUGCGGGACAAGGCAGACCUCCUAGUUAGAGAAGUGAGCCUUUAUGCUGACACUGAGACUCCAAACCUAAAGAAUGGUUUGAAAAAUUUUGCUGACCAGCUUGCCAAAAUUCAGGAUUAUCGUCAAGCAGAGGUAGAAAGACUCGAAGCUAAAGUAAUAGAGCCUUUGAAAUGCUAUGGAACGCUUGUAAAACUCAAAAGGGACGAUCUCAAAACAACUCAGAGUGCCAGGAAUCGAGAAGCCAAACAAAUGCAACAGCUGGAAAGAAUGAGACAGCGUAGUCCCUCAGAUCGACAGAUUAUUUCUCAGGCUGAGAGUGAACUCCAGAGAGCAACGAUGGAUGCUACUCGCACAACACGACAGCUGGAGGAAACCAUCGAUGAAUUUGAAAAGCAAAAAAUAAGGGACAUCAAGAAAAUAUUUGGUGAAUUUGUGACUAUUGAAAUGACAUUCCAUGCUAAGGCUUUGGAAGUUUACACUACUACCUUCCAGCACAUACAGAAUGUGGAUGAGGAAGAAGAUCUCGAGGUUUUCAGGAGUUCUCUGCGCCCACCAGACUACCAGUCUCGCUUAGAAAUAGUCCGUGCUAAUUCCAAAACAUCACUGAGCCGGACUGGGUCAACAAAGACUAAGUCAGGGACAUUGCAGACACCGACCCCAAUUAGCCAGCGGAAAAGACUAGUAGAGGAUGAGGAGGAUGAAGAAGACGAGGAUCUUGAAGAUGUAACCGAGGAUGAAAACUAACUAGCUCUGUCUAGCUCUAACUAGCUCUGUCUUGAAGCCUUAAAUUUUGUAUCGCUGUAAUUUUUGUCAGUAUUUUUUAAGUAUUAAAUACUACUAUUUCACUUCUAUUUCACUUUAAUGUGAAAUGAAAACAUCAAAUCACUGUCACACUUUUGAGUGAUGAGAAUCGUUAUCUUGUGUAAAUGUAAUUUUUUACCUGUUUAAAAGUCAAAUUUAGUUUGCUGCAUUAAGAACAUAAGAAAGGGCACGAGUGAGAGCCUUGGACCUAUCUAGCUUGUUUGGUUGCCAGUAGCUAAGUUAUUCAAGGAUCUUAUAAGGCACUUUCCUGAAAAAAAAUCAGAAUAUCAGCUUCAGCAUCACAGCAGGGGAGCUUGUUCCUCAGGCACUUCCUCUUUUAUCAGCUUUUAUCUUCAAAUAGAAAAGGAAUUUAUUAACAUUAAUGGAAUUCUGUUUAAUGUUAUUGUGAAAAAGACACUUGAAUUGUGGAAUCAUGGCAAUCAUCAUCAGAAUUGUUUAGCCGUAGACUUUAACUACAUUUAUGGAACUGGCAUUUCUGUUUUUCACAUGGUUCGUAAUCCCAGAUUAUGGAAUUGAACAUGACUGAAAUGAAUAAACUUGUUGAAAGAAAAAGAGUUACACCGACCGUACAUAGACCUUGCCUCACAUUACAUCUGGAUUCAAAUAAUCCAUUUAUAAAACUUAAACCUGGGUGUAUGUGCAUCUCAAAUUACAACUGAGUUUUGUGAAGGGUUGGUGUAAGAAUUAGUCUCUGGUACAAUUCUGAUUAUUAUACUGAAGUGGCAAUUGACAGAAUUACAGGACUGAUUCUUUCCAUGUUUUCAAUGAUGGAAUUAUUAAGUAACUGUCAUUACCACCCUUGCAGAAUAUGACCCCUGACAAAAUUCUUUAAACUACAUUAAUAAAUUAAGCUCCUGAAAAAUA